AUGGCCGAGUCUUCAAUCAAUGUUUUGCUGAAAGGCAGCUCCGGCGAAACUACGCGCGGUCUAUUGCGGAUCAUCAUCCUAUUAACAAUUGCGGCGGCGGCUGUCAGCAGUCGUCUGUUCAGUGUUAUUCGAUUUGAAAGUAUUAUUCACGAAUUCGACCCCUGGUUCAACUUUCGAGCAACAAAAUACCUAGUCCAGAAUGGCUUCUAUAGUUUCUGGGAUUGGUUCGAUGACCGAACUUGGCAUCCCCUGGGCCGUGUCACUGGUGGCACAUUAUAUCCUGGUCUCAUGGUUACCAGUGGUGUAAUCUACCACAUUCUCCGCUUCCUCACUAUCCCCGUCGACAUUCGAAAUGUUUGCGUUUUGCUUGCCCCGGGCUUUUCAGGCCUCACGGCUCUUGCUAUGUACCUCCUAACCCGCGAGAUGUCGCACUCGCCAUCUGCUGGUCUACUUGCUGCAGCCUUUAUGGGUAUUGCUCCUGGUUAUAUCUCUCGUUCCGUGGCUGGCAGUUACGAUAACGAAGCCAUUGCCAUUUUCCUGUUGGUUUUCACCUUCUUCCUGUGGAUCAAGGCUGUCAAGAAUGGCUCCAUCAUGUGGGGUGCCUUGACUGCCUUGUUCUACGGCUACAUGGUGUCAGCCUGGGGUGGUUACGUCUUCAUCACCAACCUCAUCCCUCUCCAUAUCUUCGUCCUUCUUUGCAUGGGCCGCUACAGCAAUCGCCUGUAUAUCAGCUACACCACCUGGUAUGCUCUCGGAACUCUAGGCAGCAUGCAAAUUCCUUUCGUAGGAUUCCUGCCCAUUCGAAACAGUGACCACAUGUCUGCGCUCGGUGUCUUUGGAUUGAUUCAGCUUGUGGCAUUUGCCGAAUUCGUACGGAGCUACGUACCUGGCAAGCAGUUCCAGAAGCUACUAACUUCCAUGAUCCUGCUCACUGUCGGUGUUGGGCUUCUCGGCCUUAUUCUGCUCUCUGUUUCUGGUGUCAUCGCCCCGUGGAGUGGUCGUUUCUACUCCUUGUGGGAUACUGGUUAUGCUAAGAUUCAUAUUCCGAUCAUUGCGUCUGUGUCCGAGCACCAGCCUACCGCUUGGCCCGCCUUCUUCUUCGAUCUGAACUUCUUGAUCUGGCUCUUCCCCGCCGGUGUGUUCAUGUGCUUCCAGAGUCUCAAAGAUGAACAUGUGUUCGUUAUAAUCUACGCUGUUCUCUCCAGCUACUUUGCUGGUGUCAUGGUUCGUCUGAUGCUGACUCUGACUCCUAUUGUCUGCGUUGCCGCGGCCUUGGCCCUGUCAAACAUCCUUGACAACUUCCUGGUGAUUGGCAAGCCCAACACGGAGGCUCCAGCCAAGAGUAUCGAUGAUUCCAAGUCACUCAAGUCAACUCAGAAGCCAGUUGUUGGUGUACACUCUUGGUUCUCCAAGACUGUUGUAUCCUGCUCUAUGACUCUUUACCUUCUUCUGUUUGUUGCGCACUGCACUUGGGUUACCUCAAACGCCUAUUCUUCUCCAUCUGUUGUCCUGGCAAGCCGUAUGCCCGAUGGAAGUCAGUUCAUCAUCGACGACUACCGUGAGGCAUACUACUGGCUUCGUCAGAACACGCCCGACAAUGCCAAAAUCAUGUCUUGGUGGGAUUACGGCUACCAGAUCGGUGGUAUGGCUGAUCGACCCACUCUGGUUGACAACAAUACCUGGAAUAACACCCACAUCGCUACCGUGGGUAAGGCCAUGAGCUCUCGCGAAGAAGUCAGUUACCCGAUUCUGCGUGCGCAUGAUGUCGACUACGUUCUGGUUGUUUUCGGUGGUCUUAUUGGCUACUCUGGCGACGACAUUAACAAGUUUUUGUGGAUGGUCCGUAUUGCCGAGGGCAUCUGGCCCGACGAGGUGAAGGAACGCGACUACUUUACUGCCCGGGGCGAGUACCGCGUUGAUGAUGAGGCUACACCAGCCAUGCGCAAUAGUUUGAUGUACAAAAUGUCUUACUACAACUUCCAGACCAUGUUCCCAGCCGGUCAAGCCAUGGACCGAGUCCGUGGAUCGCGAUUGCCAACUGAAAGCCCGACACUCGACACCCUUGAGGAAGCCUUCACUAGUGAGAACUGGAUCAUUCGUAUCUUCAAGGUGAAGGAUCUGGACAACUUCGGCCGCGACCACCACAACGCCGUUGCCUUUGACAAGGGUGUUAAGCGCAAGCGUGCUUCCAAAAAGAAGGGUCCUCGCGUUCUGAGAACCGAGUAA